UCCCUGCACUACUACAUGCUCUCUGUGGAGAACAACUAUACCCACCUGCCAGAACCUCUCCGGUGCCGGGGAAGCCUGGACUUCAGAGAGCUGCGCUUCGCCCGCGCCAUGGCGUUCGCUAUCGAAGAGAUCAACAACUGCUCAGACCUGCUGCCGGGGAUCAUGUUGGGCUACCAGAUCCACGACUCCUGCUCCUCCGUCUCAGUGGCCACCAGGGCCGCCUUCCAGCUGGCUAAUGGGCGCGACCCAUACUUCUCUCCAGGCGCCCCAUGCUCCUCGUCAGCCACCAUCACCGCGGUCGUGGGAGAGUCGGGCUCCACGCCGUCCAUCGCUAUGUCACGAGUGCUCGGCCCCUUCGGGAUCCCUCAGGUGAGCCACUAUGCCACCUGUGCUUGCCUUAGCGACAAGCAGCAGUACCCCACCUUCUCCCGCACCAUCCCCAGCGACUAUUUCCAGGCUGCAGCUCUGGCCCAGCUGGUAAAGCACUACGGCUGGAUGUGGAUCGGUGCAGUGCGCAGUGACUCUGACUACGGCAACAGCGGAAUGGCGGCCUUCCUGAAGGCGGCCCGGGCGGAGGGCAUCUGCGUGGAGUACUCUGAGGCCUUCUACAGAACCAACCCCAGGGCCCGUGUGCGCCGUGUGGCCGAGGUCAUCCGUGGUUCCACCGCCCGGGUGGUGGUGGCGUUCGUCGCCCCCGGCGACAUGCUGGUGCUCCUGGCUGAGCUGGAGCAGUUGGCCCCGCCCCCUCUGCAGUGGGUCGGCAGCGAAUCGUGGGUCACUGACCCAGGGCUGGUCCGCUUCAGCAUGUGCGUUGGUGCCGUGGGCUUUGGUAUCCGGCGCGCCGUUAUCCCAGGACUACGAGACUUUCUUAUGGACCUGAACGCCGCCCAGGCGUCCGAAUCGCCCCUUCUGACGGAGUUCUGGGAGACGGCUUUCGGCUGCCACCUGCCGGGGGUGUCAGGGAGCCCCGAGCAGAGGCCGUGUAAUGGGAGUGAGAGCCUCCAGGGGCUGAAGAACUCCUACACGGACACGUCCCAGCUCCGCAUCACCAACAUGGUAUAUAAGGCCGUGUAUGCGGUGGCCCACGCCCUCCACGGCCUCAUCUGCACCGACCGAGCGGGGUCUCCCGCUCACUGUGACAGGGACAUGCCGCUCCAGAUGAUCCAGGUUUUGCAGCAGAUCCGGAAGGUGAAUUUCACCCUGAACGGGAACCGCGUUUCCUUUGAUGCCAACGGGGACCCGGUAGCCACAUACGAGCUGGUUAACUGGCAGGUGGGGGAGAGCGGGCGAGUCGAGUUUGUCACCGUGGGCUACUACGACGCGUCUGCACCCGAGGGCCAGGUCUUUGUGAUGCACAGGAACAUCACCUGGGCAGGCGGACAAACGCAGGUGCCAGUGUCAGUGUGCAGUGAGAGCUGUCCCCCAGGAACCCGCAAGGCCGUGCAGAAAGGAAAGCCUGUCUGCUGCUACGACUGUGUACCCUGUGCUGAGGGGGAGAUCAGCAACGCUACAGACUCCUUGGACUGUCUCAUCUGCCCAGCUGAAUCCUGGCCAAACCCCAAGCGAGACAGAUGUAUGCACAAGCUCAUCGAGUUCCUGUCGUUCGACGAGAUCCUGGGAGCGAUCCUGGCCACGAGCUCUGUGGCUGGGGCUGGCCUUUCUGUCGCCAUAGCAGCCGUCUUCUACAGACACAAGGACACGCCCAUCGUCAGGGCCAACAACUCUGAGCUGAGCUUCCUGCUGCUCUUUUCCCUGACCCUGUGUUUCCUCUGCUCACUCACGUUCAUCGGACCACCCUCCAACUGGUCCUGUAUGCUGCGCCACACGGCGUUUGGCAUCACCUUUGUCCUCUGCAUCUCUUGUGUUCUGGGGAAAACAAUAGUGGUGUUAAUGGCCUUCAGGGCUACACUCCCAGGCAGUAAUGUCAUGAAAUGGUUUGGACCUGUACAACAAAGGCUCAGUGUGGUCUUCUUUACAUUUAUACAAGUAUUAAUAUGUGUUUUAUGGCUGAGCCUGUCACCCCCAUUUCCCAUUAAAAACUUGUCACAUUAUAAAGAGAAAAUUAUACUUGAAUGUAGUCUAGGAUCUAAUGGUGCCUUCUGGGCUGUGCUGGGGUACAUUGGUCUCCUCUCUGCCCUGUGCUUUGUACUGGCUUUUCUGGCCAGGAAGCUGCCUGACAACUUCAAUGAAGCCAAAUUCAUCACCUUCAGCAUGAUCAUAUUCUGUGCCGUCUGGAUCACCUUUAUCCCAGCCUAUGUCAGCUCACCUGGGAAGUUCACUGUGGCCGUCGAGAUAUUUGCCAUUUUAGCUUCCAGUUUAGGUCUGAUCGUGUGUAUAUUUGCUCCCAAAUUUUUUAUAAUAUUGUUUAGGCCAGAGAAGAACACAAAGAAACACAUGAUGGGGAAAGUUCCUUCCAAGGCCCUCUGA